AUGUUUAUUAUUGCAUAUAGUUUUGGUGAUAAAAAUUUACAACUUCGAUACAAGUUUAUGACAAUAUCAUUGAUAAUGAUAGGAGCUGCGGUCAUUGAACACGGUUUACGUUAUGCCACAAUUACAGUAGCAACUGGCUUGUCUGAAAAAUAUAAACAUUUAAAUGAAUCAGUGAUAAAUUCACUCAGUAAACAAGGAUGUGAUGCAAUUAAUUGGCAUCAGUGCAGGAAAAAAUAUGCAUUAUUGAGUAACUUGGUGAAAGAAACAGAUAAUUUUAUUUCUCCAUUGAUACUUUUGUCGUAUUCUACAAAUUUAUAUUUUAUUUGCAUUCAGCUGUUUAAUGGAAUUUUUGUCAGUGCAAAUGGAAAAUUGUCGUAUGUUUAUUUUUUUAUGUCAUUCAUACUUAUUCUUGGAAGAAUUUUCGCUAUUACACUUUCAGCAGCUAGAAUUCACAAUCAAAGUACUAGUAUUUUACCAAAAAUUUAUUGUUGUCCCUCAUCAUCAUUUAGCAGGGAGACUGAACGUCUCCAAUACCAACUUACAAAUGAUGAUGUCACAUUGACAGGGAUGAAAUUUUUUUCAAUUACCCGAACUUUCAUGCUUGCUCUUGUUAGUGCAAUCGUUACUUAUGAACUUAUAAUAUUACAAUUUGGAGAA